GUAUGUGUUAAGGGUUGUGUGUGUGCAUGAUGGCAGAUACUAACGCCACCUCGAAUGGUACCACUUCCGGCCAAGAAGCCGUUCCCCAGUGGAAGAAGGAGCUGCUCCAGCGGCGCAAGAACCUAGCGAAAACGAUCGGCGCGGCUUCGGUGCCGGUUCACGACAGUGCGUCCACGGUGGCGGCCGCCCUCACGACACCGACCACGCCGAGGGCGGGUGGCCCCGCCGGGAACCCCUUUGGCGGGGCUCCAAACGUCAGCAGCGGCAGCAGCAGCGGCAGUGGUCAAAAAGAUCCAUCCGGUGAAGCCACUAGUAGUAGUCCAGCGGCGACGUCACCGUCCGAUGCUAGUCCGCCCGCAGCGUUAGCGUUAGUAGACAGCCCUAACCGAGAUUCACCUGCUUCACCAACAGCCGCCGCGUUCGGAACUCCGGUGUUCGUAGGUCACUCGCCGACGUCGUCACCACCUGGGAAUGAACCCCCGCAGCAGCAAGUGUUGGUGAAGUCGUCACUCGGCCGUCCCACUAACACAGCCACUCGAGAGGCGACGGGGGUACUUGCUGGUGCUGCUGGCACGUCGGAGAAACAACCGUUGCAGCACACUCAGCAGUCACAUUCCAAUGACGGUCCGGAGAGCACCUCCAUUGGUAGCAAUAGUCGGGCAGCAGCACUAGCGGCAGUAGCAGCAGCAGCAGCACCUCCAAAUAGUGGUCCAGUGGGAAAGUAUGCCGCGGCGGCCGGUGCUGGUGUUAGUGGAAGUGUUGAGUGUGAGCGCGAGCUAACGCGACCAGCUUCAGGUGAAACCAACAGUUAUAGCAGCGGCAACAGUGAGAGUUGGAAAUUGAAGAAAAACACUUCAAGUGCUUCGAGCCCGAACGGUGGUGGCAGUCAAACGGUUGCCAAAAUGGUUGCAGCGAGUGCUGAAGAGAUUGUUGUUUACGAGAAGAACCGAUUUGUAGGGAACGGGACGGCCACCGGUGCGGCGAUCCCCGGGGAAGUGGACUCGGCGGAAGAGCUCAAGUACGGGCCGGGGAUAGUGUCGAAGUUGCGGUGCCGAUAUCUGAGUCUGGCGCUGCGGCAGUCCGCGAACAAGCAACGACCGUCGUUGAAUAGUAUGCGCCGUGCGACAAGUUUGAACAAUCUGCUGGACGAAGAAAGUGAGGAUCUGAGUGAACGGGAGAAUUCGAUCGAGGCGAAAGAUCACUCGCAGGACAAGUCCCAUCAGUACGAGAAAUUGGGUCGGGAGCAUCAGCAUAAUCAGCUGAACCUGCGGGAGCAGCAUCAGCAGCAGCAGUUCCACCAGCAGAAGGCAAAAACUCCCGACGAGUACAUCUCGACGUUCCAAAAAAGCGUACAGAACAGUUAUACGCGAAGUGGCCGACAGACGGAGAAGAAGAACGAGUACAAUCGGUACAAUAAGCAGCGUGGCGCGGACUCGCUGAAACGGGCCCGAUCAGUUGAGGCGCUGGUGCGCUACGAUCAUAAGGCCUGGGAGCGCGAUAUACAGAAGGAGAAUCUGUACAGCAGCAACGACAGCAAUGUGAUCAUACUGGACGAGAUUUGCAGCAACGGGACGGCGACCAACAACAACAUCAACAGUAACGGAAACAACAACAACUGUCAAUCGGUGGCGAUGAACAAGGCUGCCGCUGCUGUAACCGCGGAGUUGAUAGUGGAUUGCGUUACGAUCGAGGAGAAGAUUAUCAACGGGCGCGAAAAGGGUGACCCGAAGCCCAAGCGGCUGACCUCGUUCAUCGAUGCGGACGAGCGUCCGCCGCCGGACGUUGUGCGGCAGACGAUGAAAAUUUUCGAAGCAAACGCCAACCGCCGACGACCCGUUGCCAGAACUAACGGUGCUGCCGGGGAGGUGGCCGCCAAGGUGGCCAGCUACAAGUCGAUCAUCUCGCACGAGAAGCCCCCAAUUACGCACCCCAAGCCGCCGCUCAGCCCGAAAAAGCCAAAUAUCAUCCCGCGAGCCACUAGUCCCAAGUCGAAUGGCACUGGCCCGGCCAACACUGCCAACGGUCUGAAAGACAAACCCCCGAUGCUGCCCAAGCUGGACCUGAACGUGAUCCGCACCUCCCUGGAGACGACCAACAACGCCAAGAACGCCGCCGCGACUCCACCGACGCCGCCAGUUCAAAACAAUACCGUCACAUCGACGCCGCUAUCGGUUCGCGUUGAGCCGCCCCAAGCCUACCGUCUCAAGUAUGAAUCACCCGCCUUAUCGCCAAACAACAACACCACCAGCAAAGUCACUACAACUACGACGACGGCGACAAAUCGUGCCGAGAGUCCUCGAUUCUCGACCGCAGCCCCGGCUCUCCCAGCAAGUAUGCAAAACAACACAAACAGUACGGCUGCCACGUUCGUCGAUUCACCAUCGAUUCAGGCGCUCACGAGUAAGCUCAGCGGUUUGAACAUUGCGACCUCUACCCCGACAAGCACACGCUCACCAACUCCAUCGGAUCCAGCCGCGGCACUCGUCACCGCCACCCCCACGCCUCCGCAGGCACCCCCGCGCGCCGUCCUGCAGUACACCACCAGCGACGAGGAGGACGACGAUCCGGACGAUCCCGAGCAGCGUGAGUACUCGAUCAACAGUGAUCGCGGCAGCGAUAGCCAACCGGAUGACCUUGAGUUAGACGACUCUGCCGGCGAAGACGACGACGACGACGAGCCCGAUACGAGCAAGACGGUCUCGCGCGCCGCCAUGGACAACAUUGCCAAGGCAGGCGUUACGACGCAAUUCCGCUUCAACGGUGGCGGCGGCGCCCAGAACAAGUCGCAUCUGCCCGGUCCCAACAAUGGCGGCGGCAGCCCCGGUGUCAAGCUGCUCGCCAGCAAGCGGCUGAACGUGGACGAUCACUCGUCAAAUUCCUCAUCGACGUCGUCAUCGCCGAUCACAGUGCCACCACCCGCGGUCGUUCUCACCCAGAAGCCGCCCGUGCCGCUGUCCCGCGAGAGCCUGUCGGCGGCCAACGGCCUCAGGGCGGCCGGUAGUGUCACAGCCAAUAGCAAUAGUCUUAGUAAUCAUAGCAGUAGCAAUGCCAAUACUAGUGUUAAUACCAACGGAAGCAAGUUAGUGAUAAAUGCGUCAGAUUCCGCGAGUGCUCCUACCCCUCCCCUCCCGACCACAGUGUCGUCAAGUGACGUGAAAACGGGCAGCCUGACGGCCCGCGAAAUCGAGAAGAAUCAAAUCAAUCUAGAGAAGAGUGGAAGCGAAGAAGCUAGUGAAAAAGUGGUGCCGCCCGCGAAAGCUCCGAACAACAGUGUUGACAACAGCGCAGGUGGUGACUUCUUCAUGGCCAAGUGGGGACCGGCCGCGGCCACACCGCCGACCACGGCUCCGCCCGCCGUGCCCGUGCUGGUCAAGAAGAAGGUCAAGGCGCCCCCGCCGCCCACCGAGGCCAACACGAUGGUGUUCAACUUUAGCGACCGGAAGGACGUGCCGGACUACAUCGAGAACGACGGAAUUAUUCUGCGACCGCGCCCGCGGGAGCUGCCCAAGCCCGGCGAGUCCGGCUUCGUGGUGCUGGGCGACCUCACGCUCGAGACCUCGACCGACCCGGACGACUCGUGGGCCAUGGGGCCGCCGUCGCCCUGUGACGUCGAGUUCGCGAACGCCAACAUUGUGAUCAACGGCAAAUCCAGUAUGAGAAACAAGACUAGUAGGGAUAGCAAGUUCAAAAUUCAAUUUGACGAUUCAUUAACCUCGACGUUUGAGUACCCCUCGGAGACGUCACUGCUGGAGACGAAUGGCUUUGAUGCGUCCGCCGUGGCCGCCGCCGACAGGACACUGGACGUGGAGCCCAACAACGCCGGUGCUGGAGGUGGAGGAGGUGGUUUCCCAGACAACGGACUGCUGUCGCACAAGAACACCCUGCUGUCGUCGAUGCCACUGGGCUCCGCUCCUUUUGCUAGUUAUACCCCAGUAAAGGCCGCCAUAGAUACCACCUUCGAGCUGGGCGUCACGCGGACCCCGUCGCCGUCCUCCUCCGCGAGCAGCACCAGCAACGAACAUCAUCCUGCCCAGCCGUUGGCAAACGGUGGCGGCCCCAACGGGAUCAGCCAGUCGCCGCCCCGGUUCAACGGUGUUGUGGACGGGACGACGUUAAACGGACAGCAGCAGCUGCAGGACGGUGGCGAACCCGAAAGCAUACAGUAUCUGAAGCCGGCCUCGGACGAGCAGACGGUCAACUGGAGCCAGGGCACGCGAGUUACGGAUUUGCUGUUUUAAAGGCCACAGUUGGUUGGAUGAGUACGCGGGAUUAUUAAAUUAUAACAAUUUUGUGUAAUAUGUUUAACUUUUGUUUUUCUUUUUCUUGUAAUUAUUGGAUUAAAGAAACAAACGCAAAAAUCUGAACGUGGACUAUGCUUAGAGAAACUAUUAUUAGAGAGAGAUACAAUUACUAUCAAAAAAGAGAAAAUCUUACUUUGUGCAAAUUUUAACGCGAACAAAAAUUAUUUGUGAAUUUUUCGAAAAAGACAAGUUACAGUAUUUAAAAGCAAGUUUGGUCGAACUUAGUUGAGCUAAACAGAACCAACGGAUCGUUUUAGGUUGGCAUCCGAUUCAGGAUUUAUACAUUUAGAGAGAAAAGAAAGGAAAACAACAUUCAAAUGAAUAUUACUAUCAUUGUGAUGAAUAUACAGAAAAAGAAAAAAAAUAUUAAAUUGAGUAAAAUUUAUAAAUAUUCUACGAAAAUAAAAAUUAACGUAUUGAAACUAAACGUAAAGAAGAAGGUUAUACACAAUAGGCUUACUAUUUUAGCUACCACCUAGAGCGAUAAGAAGAAGAAUUAUUCUAAAACGAGGACGACCAGACGAAAAAGUCCCAAAUUCCGUACACAACACUGCUUAAACAAAAAACAAUGAGAGCAAAGGCUUGCAACGAAAACCGAACAGAAUCCAUUCCUCCCGUUUUCCCCCUUCGCAAAUUGACGCAGAAGAGAGAAACAAUCCAUAUUUCCGACAUUUACAAAACAUUUUAUGCGUAUAGAAAGGUAAAAAUAUCUAAAUGUAACGUCUAUCGUCAUUUUUAUCGUGUAUUUUUUUUUUUUUUUGCCUGUAAUAAGCAUCCAACUCCUCCAAGAUAACAGCAACAAAAAAGAAAAAGAGAGAGAGAGAAGAAAAAAGCAACAAAAUAGUCAGCUUGAUCAAGUAAUCGAAUUGCUAUUAUUCUGAGUGUGUGUGAGAGUGUGAGCAGCGUGGGAAAACCAAUCCCCGCAGCGUGAGUGAGUGAGUAGUGCAGAUGACACCCCGAUUGAGCGAAGCGAAAAUUGCCGCGAGAUUUAAACAGAGCGAUUUAAACUGAAUGGCGAAAAAAAAGUGGUGGAAAAAGGGCGCAGGAGAAAGAAAAAAGUGUAAUUAUUAUCGUAACCUUGUCUUACUUUUUCCCGCUCGUUUUAUGUACUAAUUGUAAUCAAAUUCCCCCCCACAACGUAAUAAAGGAGUAUCGAAAAAGUCUUUCGCAUUUUAUGUAAAAAUA